GAUAAUUCGGACAUAACCACUGGACGUAUUGUAAACACCUUCACUCAUAAAAGUUUCUAUAAAUAUGCGUGUUUGUGUGUGUUUGAAUUAUAAACGGUGCGUUGGCGCCGUGCCAGAACGCAUGCGCUAAAUAGCUUACGAGGAUCACUUCUCUCCCGCCCCGACACCGACGCGGAACUCUGCGAUGCUCAAAAGAUAGUACAAAAAAGUGAUAAAAGUGUUGUGAAAAUGUCCCCAAAGUGCCCAGUGCCUCCCCUUCAAGAAACUACACUGUCUUUAGUAGCAAGGCAACUCAUCCACGCCCUGUCCAGAGUCACCGCCGACGAAGAUGUGGCCAUGCUCUUCGCGAUGGUCUCGUCGUAUUACGAGCAAAUGGGGGCUACUAGUGACAUAUUUCAAGAUCUCAUGAACUUAAUACUAAACUCCGAAUACCUCGACCCCUCUAUAAGAUAUUACACAAUGAAGUUACUGCUUAGAGAGAAUGUGAAGACUCUUGCUACAGGCAUGUUCCCAUGCCCCUACUACAGGAAAGUCCUCGAGCUGAUUGUUGAACAAGGGCAUCAUCUAACAACUCUCAAUCUAAAAGGAGUAUGGGUUAAAGAAGACCAUCUGACUCUCAUGUAUCAUCUGAUCAAGAAUCUUACAAACCUAACAGUUCUCCAUAUCCCUUACAUCGCCAACGAUGAAGUACUAAAAUUCAUCGGCGAACAUAACAAACAGCUGAAACUCUUAGACGUGUCUGGUGAAACGGACAUCACAGAAAUCGGCAUAGACGCGAUGUUGUCUGGAAAUCCGGAGCUGACUCGAAGCUUAACUGUGGUCAACAUAGGAAUGUAUGGCGAAGAAAACAUCGAUCACACAGACGUGGCGUUGUUGAUACGACGGUUACCUAACCUUACAAAUCUUGGCAGUUACUCAUUCGUCGGGAAAUCUCUUUACUACAUCUACAAUAACGAUUGCCCGCCCGAUUUCAAAACAAAGUUACAGUACAUCCAUGAUGCUCAGACGAACAUGAGGACCAUGAAAGCGAUAGUAGCUUUAUGUCCAAAUCUAGAAACUAUUUACCUUGAAGAGCCCGAUUCAGGCGUGCUUGCGUUGAUCAAAGAGUUUAGAGACAUUAACAAAAUUAAGCUUAACAAAUUCCAGUGCCAUGAGCUGCAUCAGCUACUCGACAAAAUCGGCUAUAAGAUUGUUACACUAAUGUUAUCUGGUUCGCUGGGAUCAUUUAACUUUACUAGGAUAGCAGAAACGUGUAGGAACUUGGAAAGUUUGGAGUUCUAUCAAAUACAGACCGCGACGCACGAAGAAGAAGUUCCAUUUACGAAACUAGAGCAUAUAGAAAUAGUUCAAGGAAACUUAUCGUCUUCGUGUCUCAAAUAUUUAAUGUGUGGCAGCCCGAAGCUGAAGAAAAUCAUAAUAGCCGACGAAAUUAAGCUGGAUGACAACGAUAUGUCCCGAAUGCUCCGCCGCUACAAAUUCGACAACCUCGAAGGCAUUUGGUUCCCGAACGCACCUCGCCUAACACGGGACACCGUGGAACUACUCAUGGAGUGUUGUCCCAAACUGCAGAGCUUGGGACAGCUGAGCGGCUGGCGGUUCACGCCUGAUGACAUGAUGCUUAUGAGGGCCAUUAUAGCAAGUACUAAUAUCGAUCUAGUGCUAUCUCCGCUCGGUAUUUUCCAGCAAGGAAAUUAGAUAAUGGGGAAAGCUAAUCCUAGAUGGCGCUUUCGACGAUAGUACCUUCGUUAAUAUGGAAUUUGAUGGUUUGGUUGGUUAGCUUGAUGGUGUAGGUGGCGCUCUUGACGAUAUGGUACUUUUUGUAUGCAAUUUGACAAUAGACAAUCAAAUUGACAGUGGCCAUCUAAUAUGUAUGCUCAGUGCUCUGGUAUCAACCCAAUAGAAAUGACAAUGGGUCAGUUUAUAUACAAUUUUUAAAUAAUGAGACCUGUUUUAAGUGAGUGUAAAACAUAGGAACAUAGGAAGAGGCGCACCUAUACUUAACGCCGGUAUUGGCUAUCUGAACUCCAAUGGUUUUGCCAAGCUAUGUUAUUGAAAAGGUUUUAAUUAUUACAGAAUUAACAUACGAAAUUCGAGGAAAACUUUCUUAUUUACCAUCGCAUGCGCUGCGACUGAUUUUUUGACUGGUGCCAGGGGGCCUAGCCAAAAUGACAAUAUAGUCUAUAGAAAACUCCAAUCGAAACUAAGAGUAUGUAUGGGAAUAGUCACGUGACUUUUCGUAGCUAUUACCUUCUGUCAUACAUAUUUUACUACAUUUUUACUUUUCGAUGUACGUUUGUUAUCUUGGCUAGGCCCCCUAACGCGUGUCUAUUCGAACAUAGCCAAUAUAAUAGUUUGCAAUGUCACUCUUAUGAAAAAGGCAACUGAGAAAACUUACUGUCAUAUUUGAUAUCUAUUGAUUUUAUUAAUGUGCUAAAGAAAGAUUUUCUGCUGCAAAUUUUAUAUUCAUUUAUUCGAUACUUAACAAUUGUGGGAAUCACAAAACCUUAAAUCUAUUGAUACUUUUUUGAUUGCGAAAACUAGGAAAUUCGCAACGAGUGGCGAUAAAUAACAACCGAAGGGAGUGUUUUAAAUCGACACGAGUUGCGAGUUG